AUGCUCGACCCUGCCACACUCCCGUCGCUCAAGGUGACGGAGUUAAAGGUCGAGUUGAGAAAGCGCGGUCUACCCGUUGGAGGUUUGAAGCAAGCGCUUGUAGAAAGGCUAACCGAGCAAGUUCUUCAGGAGCGCGCAGCGGCGGCGGAAGCAGAAGCGAUAGCACAGGCGGUGAAAGACGAGGAGGCAGCGGCGGUAAGGGAUGAGCGGGGAGAGGAGGUGGUGAAUGGAGAUGACGAAGUUGCGCCGGAUCCUCAACCAGAACCUCAACCCGAACUGAUGCCGGGAGCAGCCGAAGAGAAAAAGGAUGCUCCUGUUCCCCAGCCUGCGCCAGGAGCGAUUACUGUCGAGACUGUGCAAAGAGCGGCCGUCGAGGAAAGUAUCACAGAGCCGGAGAUUAUCCUGGAGGAGGCUUCGGCCCCUGAAGCUCCGACCGAAGUUGAACCUGCUGUGAUUGAAACACCUCCUGAACCUGAGUUAGAGACUGGAGCUGCUGUUGCUACGGAGGUUGUGGAGGAGGAGGUAGUUUUUGAGGAGAAGGUAGUCUUUGAGGAGAGGGUAGUCUUUGAGGAGAGAGCAGUUUUUGAGGAGAAGGUAGUUUUUGAGGAGAAGGAUGUGGAAUCCGAGGCGAUUGGGAGCACUUCAGAUCCUGAAGCUAAGCUUGAGACUGAACUGGUGGAAACCGGAGCUGUUAAGAAAGUUACGGAGGAGGAAACUGGUGAGACAGCUCCGGAGCCAAAAGCCAAAUUUGAGGAUGAGGUGGUUGAAAAGGCAGUCUUAGAAGAAGUCACGACUAAGACUGAGAUUGCUCCGGAUGGGGCGCCAGAGGAUGGGGCAGUUGUUGAAAAGAAGGAAGUGACACCCGUUGGACAGUCAAUUUCACAAUUUGAACCAGAGGCUGAGAUGGAGCGAGUGAAGUCAGAAGAAACUGUCGCUGCUCCUGCUGCUGGAGAGCCCGUCCGUGAAAUAGUGAACGAUGAGGACUCAAAGAUGGUUGAUGUAUCGCCGCUUUCUCUGCCUGUUGAAAAAAGCAUGGUCCCAGAACCGGCUCCGGUCCGAGAUGAUACUGUCGCGGUAUCUACUUCAAAGCCUGAGCCAGAGGCAGACCUUCAACAGGCAUCUAUCGACCUAAUGGAUACAAGCGAAGAGCAAACAGACAUCCGUAAGCGUAAACGUCGCUCGAUAACCCCAACCACCCCCUCCGUACGCGUCGCCGAGCCUGGGAACCAGCAAUCAAAUGAGGGCGCGAUCUCGAAGAAACCUCGGCGGGACUCUACGGAAAACCAGCCCCAGCGUACACGUCCUAAGGACGCCCGCUUCAAAGGCCUCUUCAAUGACUCCUCUAGUACCACCGCCGCGAACAAUUCUCCAACUGCCUCUCACUACUAUAACCAAGCAACUGACCAAGCGAUGAGCCAAUUGACCGCUCAGAUAGAGGACGAGGAUGACACUCCCAUUCCGCCUUCAAUCCACCCGGCCACCCGGGCGCUCUACAUCCGCAACUUCGCCCGUCCGCUCAGCGAACCGGCCUUGAAAGCCCACCUCACCGCCCUCGCCUCUCCCCCCUCCAAUACUUCUACCGCUAUAACUCGCCAGCCAUCAGAGUCCCCGAUAGAGUACAUCUACCUCGACACCAUCAAAACUCACGCUCUUAUUAUCUUCACCACCCUCACCGCUGCAACUCGAGUGCGUGUUGGAAUCCAUACCAAGGUUUGGCCAAACGAACGUUCCAGGAAACCACUCUGGGCGGACUUUGUCCCCGAGGAGUCGAUCGCGGGAUGGGUCAAUAGGGAGAAGCAGCGUGGUCCUGGAGCUCGCUGGGAGGUAGUUUACGAUCGUGAAGCCGGUGAAGGCGGGGUCCGUGCCGAGUUGGAAGAGGUCGGGGGUAGGAGAAUUGGACUUAGUGGGGGUGUCGGGGUGGAAGUCUUGGGGGCUCCAACGGGGCCGAGAGGAGAGAGGAGGGGUGCCCAAGCUGUAGAGAGGGAAUUUGGUUCGUUGUGCUUUGCUCAUCCCCUUACUUUUGCUUUUUACUUUUUGCUUUUUUUUUGCCGACUCUUUAGGAACCUACAAUAAGCUUUAAACUCUCCCCGUACAUUCCUCCACGUGCUAACUUUGUCCCCCCCGCUUUUUUAUAGGUGCCAGAUCUACCGCCCCCAAUUUCACUGCCGCAGCCACCGGCCCCACCACGAUCAGCAACACAGCCCAACACACCACUACCACUGGCGGCGGCGGAAGAGUUGUGGUUAAGGACCUCGACCAACUUUUCCGCUCCACCACCGCCAAGCCGAAACUGUACUGGAUGCCUGUGGACCCGGACAUUUCCAGGGAACGUUUGGCAGCAUACGAACGCGGUCGUGGCAACAGAGGUAAUUCUGGCAACGCUGGGGCCGGCGGUUCUAGGAGACGUCAUUGAGCAUUUUCAAGUAUUAUUUUUUUGUUCUUUGCCCCGUCCGAUCUUAAAUUUUCAUUUGCAUGGUAGCUACGGAUUUCUUUCUUGAUUGGGAUGGGGGGUAGGGUUGGUUUCUGACUAUAUAAAAACGGCUGUUCUACUCUCUGAUACUCUUUUUUUUUUGUUGUUGUUGGUCUCUUCUCUUCUGUUUCUCAGGGCGGUUCGGAUUUGUUUUAUUUCUCUGCUUGCUUGCGACCCCCUUGAUGAAUGGAGUUGGAAGAUAAGCCUUUUGCCUCCCGGAAUGGAAUGUCCAAUGAAGCUGGGAGAGAAUGAGCAGUGGGCAAUGCGACAGUUCAAAAGAAAGUGUGAGAAUGCAUAAAUAGUUUGAUCUUUUCCUUUCUUCUGGGUGGUACCUUUUUUUUCCUUUUCCUACUUUUUUCUUCUCUGCUUUUACACAUGCCUGCGAGGUAUGGUGCAUCAUGGCUUGAGUAAAAGAUGGGUAACGAGAGUAUUGAAAAAAAGAAAGUCAGAUGGAAUGCAUUAUCUUCUUACUUGACUGUUUAUCUACUUUCAUAUCAUAAUUUUUUUCAUUCGUAGGUUUGUAUGGUGGCUCUAUUCUAUCCAAAAACUAGUCUGGGAUUUCCUUUUUCUCAUUUUCUUUAUCCUCCCUUUUUUGCUCUUCCUUGCUCUAAAUCACUGCAAACAAAGAAGGCUAGCUAGCAUAAAUCUGUCUGCUUGUCUGUCAUGAGAAUGAACGAAUCGAGCGAACAGCAAGCAGACAGAACGAAGCGAAGUAUCGCGAGUAGAAAUAAAUACGAAUGCAAUGGAAAGGAAGGAGGGGAAUUCUAAGUG